UUGCACAGUACAUGGAGCCUCUACCUCCGUAGUAACGGUGCAUGAUCUGUUGAAUACCGUGCCAACUCCGUAGUUAUCCUGCACAGGCAUGACAGGAAUAUUCCUAGUAUUAUAAGUAAGGAUGUCCGCUAUAGUCGCUCUUCACCACAUGGCAUCGGCCGUUGUCGUCCGUACUCUACUGGAUUACAAUGAUCACCACUCACUGGAAUGCAAGGACAAAGCUCAAGACCUGAUAGCCAAACUCAGUACGAAUCUCUACACGGCAGUCAGCAAGGACCUAUUGGAGCUCUUUGUCGAGAGCUACCCUCAACAGCUGCCCGCCUUCUUACUGCCCGUGUUGGCUCCGCCCCAUUUGAGGGUGCUGAACCUCAAGCACUGCUGCCUUAUAGAGGAGGAUUCACAGAUGGAGUUCAAGAACCUCAAAGAGACUCUAAGAAAUUGCAGCAAACUUCAGUCACUAGUGCUGGAUGGUUGCAACCUGGUGUUACCAUUGCUACUUUGUGAUGUCAUCACUCAGAAUGCUUCACAGCUAGUCUCCAUCUCGGUGGAAGAAUGCCCUGGAGUCUCCAAUGAAUUUGUACAGAAACUCCUAAGAGGUCUGCCAAACCUGAGUCACCUGAACAUAUCCGUCUGUCCGGCAGUCACAGACAUCGUCUUCGCAUUGACAGAGACGCAGGGUUUGCUUGAGGAGAGGGCUGAGACACAUGAUAAAGACAGUUGGGGCUGCAACCUGAGUAGUGUGGAUCUAUCGGGAAACCAGCAACUGACGAGUACCUGCAUCCGCCAUCUGACUGAACUGUGCGGGCCAAAAUUGAGGCACCUGAAUGUGGCUGCUACACGAAUGGACUGCACAAUCCUCUGGUUUCUCUCUGGCUACAGUCUGUCCACGGCUGUACAGCUGGCAGCGGAGGCCAACAAAGCCAGCCUGGACGAGGGUUCCCCUGACGGCGAGACACUGUGCCAGCUGAUAUCGGAGUUUAGGCUCCUCCAGGAGAGGCUCAAGAGUCUCCAAGAGGAAGAAUGCCAGAGGCAGGAGGAGGUGAAGGAGAUUGAGGGACAGGAGAUGGAGGGAGAAGGAGGCAAAAUGGACGAAGAUAAUGUCGUUGUGGAGGUGGAAGAUGGAAAAGAGGAACGGAAAGGACAGGAGUGGAUGGGGGAGGGUGGGAGUGACUUUCGUAAUGAUGGUACCGAAGAUGUGGACUUGCAGAUGGGACUGUAUGUGAAUGAUCUCAUCGAAAACUCUCGCCAAAAGUUGCAGACUGAAGGGGAUUCACAAGAUCCCGCAUCAUCCUCCUGCCAAGCAUUGCGCAGGGAGGAUGAUGCCACUUUAAGCCCACAAGGAAAGGCAGGAAAGCAGUGCCUUCAGUGCAAGAAACUACAGGAAACCUCCUACAAGAGCAAAGGAAGAUGCGUUAGUGAAUUAAAAGACGUUGCAGAUGAACUAGACAUUUGGAAUAGCAGGGACAAGAAUGCUACAUUCACUUCCAGUAGUGAAGGAACAAGAAUUCAGGGAGAGAGAUGUUCAUGUGGAGGGGCAUUAUCUUCUGAAACGAGCUCUGAGACGUUACCAGAAUCAAGUGUUUCUCAGGGGACUAUCUCAAGAAGUCACAAUCAAGAAUCUGAAUCUUCAUGUGAAAGAACAUGCUGUGAAAUUCCUAAAGGCAGUUCAUGCCACUCAUCGCUCGAUCAACCAAUUUCUAGAUUAUGCAAAUUAACCCAGGCCGAUUUAGCCAGUGAGAGUCAGUGCAAGGUUUUACAUUCAGAGGCCUCAACCAAUCAAACAGCGGAUCCAUCUGCUAGUGUUGCAUAUUCACGCAGCAAUGAUUCCGUAUCCAAUGCUAAUCCGCUAACUAAUGUAUGCAAAUUGAGCUCAGCUUCUUCAGCCAAUGAGAGUGACUCUAAGAUCUCAACCAAUGAACCCUCGGGUGAGAAGACAGCCCCAGUGUGUCCUUGGCGCCGUCUGUACACGCCGUGCAUCACAUCCUUGGAUAUGAGCAUCAUCGACUUUGACGCAACUUUAGUCGUGACUUGUCUGAAAGAGUUCUUUAUGGCAAACACGGAGCUGAGGAUGCUGACUGUUUGUUGGAAGGAACUGAGUGAUUCCAUGCUGGAGAUAAUAGCUAUGGGCGGAACAGAGCUACGAUCCCUUUGUCUGAUUGACUGUAGUGGACUGACAAGUCUUGGCGUGGCACAUUUACUUAGCAAGUGCAGAAACUUACAACAACUGGACCUUCAGGGGGUGUGCUACAUUUCGGACACGGCUCUGAUACCUACCUUAAUGCGAGGCAACUCCUGUAACCUACAGAGCCUGAAACUCUCAGAGACCAACAUCAGUGACUCAACGCUCACCCGCAUAGCUAAGUACUUGGGAGAAAAGAUCACGACAUUAGAAAUCUCCUGGUGUGAGGAGAUCAGUGAUAUGGGACUGACGGAGAUCGCCAGCCACUGCACCUCCCUGGAGACACUGACACUGCGUCAGUGUCGCAUGUCGGCCGACACCCUGAUGUCACUAGCCUGGAACUGCAACCGGCUGUCCUCGCUGAACAUGUCCGGUGUGGAGAACUUGACUGACGGGGUGGCCCAGGCUAUGGCACCCAGCCUGAGACACUUGAAGAAGCUGGAUGUCAGCUGGAAUUCAGACUUGACGGAUGCGGCGAUUUCGUCAGUGAUGUCCUGUUGUCCACUCAUAGUGGAGCUGUAUUUGAUGGGACUCAAACGCAUCACUGAGAAGCCACUUAUGCCCAUCAUUUCAGAGUUGGCAAGAUGGCAGCGCUGUAAGAAGUUGAUCAAACUGAAGAUGAAGGAGAGAACACUCCUCCAGAGGCUUGGUGAGGAACACUUGUCAAGUGAUGAGGAAUAUGAGGAUCUGUUUUCCCCAGUGAGGUCCACCUCCUACGCCCCUUGUCUUCGUACCCUGGAGUUGCAGUACUGUGAUCGUGUCAAUGAUGAUCUCCUGGCUGAACUUGUGGCCAUCUGUGUAGGCACGCUGUCCAUCAUCGACUACUACGGCAUUCACAUCAAGGCUAAACUGCUGAGAAGGGAUGUAUCAGAUGCCUGAGAACAUUCAAUGGCCAGUCCAUAUACACCAAGCAAAAACAAAACUUAGCAAAUCAUGGCAAGCUUUCAAGCUGCAAAUCUGCAGAAGUUUCAGCUCAUGAGAAAUUUGUUAUUAAUGUUUCAUGAUAUCAAACUGCCUUGUACUAACAUUACGGAAUUCAGUGUAUUCUGCUUAAUCAAAAAUGCACCAAUUUUUGCACGUUACCGCUUCAUAUCAUCGGCAUCAAAGCUGAAGACUCUGGAUUGAUUUCAAUGAGAUAUUUCUCUUUCCCAAAUACCGUUUCUUUUUUGUUGUCUACAAUGUGUAAUCUUAAAAUGAGGUUCUCAAUAGUUCAGCUAAAACUGUGCCACAUCUUCAUCUUUGUAAGGUGGUCUUACUGUAACCAAUCUUAGACAAUCUUGUGGAAUGCAGGUCGAGUUACAGACAUCAGUAUCUUUUCAGAUAAAAAAAUGGACACCAAGGAUGCCAGGAUAUUAGGUUAUCGUUUCUCGCCCUUUCUUUGCCGGCCAUUUGCACGUAGGCCAGGUUGGCAGUUCUGCUUUUAGAAACCUUUGGUAAUCUUGGACGCCAGCAGGUGUUCAUUAGCAGGUGUUUUCUUGAAUCAUUGGUACACAAGAUAAGGGAUGAGAUUGCCCAGUUCAAUUUCAAAGGUUGUCUAGGAGUUUAUGAUAUGGAAUGGAAUUUUUCAAACCAACAAAAGGUUGUAUGCCUUAAAGGGGCACUAGGUCCUAAAAUCCCCGAAAAUUUUAUGUUUUGGAUUGUUUACUUAGCCUAUUUCAAACAUCUGGUUGAAAGGAAACCAACCUAAUGUCUUACCGUUCCCGAGAAAAGACGAAAAAACCACCGCUUGUUUACAUCGGACAUGACGGAGUAUGAAUACGUUUUUUGUGUCAUUCUCAGUGAACGUGUAUGAUAUACACGAUGUGUGUCUCAGCCGUAACGAACAGCGGUGACCAAUCACCGGCUGAAUGCAAAAAGAAAUGGUUUCAACGUCUGCAAAAGGCGAACACUUUACGAAUGAAAUCACAACUAGCAUCCAAACAGCUCGAAUUUAUGGGGUCGCAAAAGUGGACCCCGAAAUUCGUUCUCGCACGCAUAAUACAGGAAUAACACAAAAACGCCCAGUCUUGAAAGGAUAGUUGUGUGGAUGUUUAUAUCCUACUUUUAAAUGUUAUUUCCGAUAAACAUCAUCUCGUUCAAAGCGCGUUUUGUAGCCCAAUUGGGCUGUUCCAGGACCUAGUGUCCCUGUAACCCUUCCGUAGAAUUUCGCAUCUGUGUAUAUGAUAAUUUAAUUAACCUUAAGGACUGAAGUUUUCAAUGUUCUUUCUUUAAGAAGUAGUCAUCAAAGGAACUAAAAGAAAGUUGCAGGACAUUUAGUUUUAAAAUAAUGACUGUAUCAAGAAUUAACAAUUAUAAAGUUAUUUUGCGGCGAAGCAGUAAGACUGGCAGAUUUGGUUUAGUGUGCGUGUGCAACUUUUUUGUAAUUAAUGCAGACAGUUUGUCGGAAAUAUGUCAUGCACUUGAGGCGUUCAGUGCGAGUGCAAUUAAAAUGUUGGUGACAUUUAAUUUUGAAGUAAUCAUAUUUAAGAGGAAAUGGUUUGAAAGACAGGACAUUUUUUGAAAUACUAAAUUAAUUUUUCUUAGAGACUGGAAUAUGAAUAAAAAAAAAAAAA